UAAGAGAUGAAGACCAAUUCACUCACUCCAUCUCUUCCCCUCCAAUUUCCAUCGCCGAUCAAACUUCCUCCGGUGACCGUUAUCCGAUUUCCAUCUUCUCUAAUUCCCAAAGCCAUAUCGAUUCCCACUCCAAACACCACCCGCAUAUCGAUCAACGACGACGAUUCCAUCGCAGCCUUCUGGGACUACCAAUUCCUCUUCGUCUCCCAGCGGACUGAGACGACAGACCCCACCGUCCUCCGCCUAGUCGACGGCGCCAUACCCCCCGAUUUCCCCUCCGGCACGUACUACCUGGCGGGACCGGGCAUGUUCUCCGACGACCAUGGCUCCACAGUGCAUCCACUCGACGGCCAUGGGUAUUUAAGAGCGUUUGUUUUCGAGAGGAAGAAGAAGGAGGUGGUUUUCAUGGCGAAGUACGUGAAAACGGAGGCGAAAAUGGAGGAGCAUGAUCUGGUGACCGACACGUGGCGGUUUACGCAUAGAGGGCCGUUCUCGGUUUUGAAGGGAGGGAAGAAAUUGGGGAAUACAAAAGUGAUGAAAAAUGUGGCUAAUACGAGUGUGCUGCGGUGGGGCGGCCGCCUGCUCUGCCUCUGGGAGGGCGGCGAUCCGUACGAAAUUCGGCCGGAGAAUUUGGAUACGGUUGGCAAGUUUUCUGCUGUUCACGGUGGCUGUGAUUGUGAUUCGCCGUCCCACGGCGGACCUUACGGUGCUGGGUUUUGGCGCUUUGCUGCGGAGCUUUUGAAGCCUGUGCUCUACGGAGUAUUCAAGAUGCCACCAAAGAGAUUGUUGUCUCAUUACAAGCUUGAUGCUCAAAGGAAUAGACUUCUCAUUAUGUCAUGCAAUGCUGAAGAUAUGCUUCUACCAACUAGCCAUUUCACAUUUUAUGAAUUUGACAGCAAUUUCAAGUUAUUACAGAAAAAAGAUUUGGUUAUUGAUGAUCACUUGAUGAUCCAUGAUUGGGCUUUUACUGAUACUCAUUACAUCCUCUUUGCUAACCGAAUCAAGCUCGAUGUCAUAGGUGCAAUGGGUGCUGUUAGUGGGAUAUCUCCAAUGAUAUCAGCAUUAAGUGUAAACACAAGCAAACCCACUUCUCCAAUUUAUUUGAUUCCAAGAUUUGGUGAAGAUUCAAACAGAAAUUUGAGAAAGGCUGUUGUUGAAGUUCCUUCAAGGCUUUGGCUGCUACACGUUGGCAAUGCCUUUGAAGUUAUUCAUGAAGAUGGCAACUUGGACUUCCAAAUUCAUGCCUCUGCUUGCUCCUAUCAAUGGUUCAAUUUUAAAAAAUUGUUUGGUUACAAUUGGCAGACUGGAAAACUAGAUCCUUCCAUUAUGAAUUUGAAUGAAUCCAAAAGUGAGUUAUUGCCUCGCCUAGUUAAGAUAUCCAUCAGUUUAAAUAAGAAUGAGAAGUGUGAAAAGUGCAGUGUGGAGCCAUUGAACCAAUGGACAAAAUCCUCAGAUUUUCCCGUGAUAAACCCUAAAUUCUCAGGGCUAAAACACAAUUACUUAUAUGCUGCAACUUCCUCCGGUUAUCGGCGAUCGCUACCGUCGUUUCCAUUCGAUAUGAUCGUGAAGCUCGACAUGGUAAUGAACACCGUCCGAACAUGGUCUGCUGGUAAUCGAAGAUUCGUCGGAGAACCGGUUUUUGUUCCCAAAGGAAAUGAAGAAGAUGAUGGAUAUCUUCUUGUUGUUGAGUAUGCAGUAUCAAUACAAAGAUGCUAUCUUAUUAUUUUGGAGGCCCAAAGAUUUGGAGAAGCUGAUGGAAUUGUAGCAAGACUUGAGGUCCCAAAGCAUCUUAAUUUCCCUCUUGGUUUUCAUGGUUUUUGGGCUGCUAAUGCAUAA